CGAAACGAACGCACCAAGAGAUCAAGUCCAUGGAACUUGAGUCCACUCAGACGUAUUGUAUUUGUAAUGAUUGAAGUGGGCUUUGAGACAAUGUACCUGGUCGGCCGGCGACGCUCCUUUUGUAGGACCCGCAGCUCAUCUUGGUCUUGUCGUUCCUCUCUCCCACUAUUGUUUGCAGGAUUUGUAGGACUUCUUUUUGCAGUACCAGUAAUCGGUGGAACUGCUCCUGAGUACAGGAGCGAGAUUGUAUCCUUGGCGGAACUUCAGGCGGACUCGCGACUAUUGGAGGAGGUUCGAGCGUUUCUCAAGGAAAGCAUCACUAGCUUUCAGAGGGCAAGCGACGAUAAGGCCAAAGCCGAAGCGAUAGAGGACGUCAAGAAAGAUGUUGCAGCAGCCUCAGCUCACCCUUCUCUUGUAGAUACUAAUCGAAAAGGAUCACGACCGAUGGUGGAUGCGGAUAGUAUUGGAAGUACUGAGUGGUCUGUGACUUCCACGAAGGACUUCUUUACCACUCACAGCUGCGUUGGACCAGGUAAUUGCUUGGUGGAGAAUUUGUGCCAUGGCCGUGAUGGACGCUUUGUCUAUGUGAAAUCGCCGGGCGCGAUUUUCGAUCGUCCAGAGCAAAUUUACUACGACACGCGUUACAGCGGAGAGCGACAUUAUCGUACGACCAAUGCAACUGAUCCAAAAACGGGAGCGACUUCGCAGACAUUCGAACUUACUGCACCCGCCGGGAUGGGCGCCAAUGGCUACAAACACUACCUGGCCAGCCGCAUUUUUGAAGACCUACCUGGGGCGUCAAUCACAUCACGGUGGUACCAUCCCAUUCUUCAUCCCAAGCUCCGCGAUGUCAAAAUUGUGAAUGGCGCCGAAGAAAAACCACUGCCGUACCCAUUUUGGAACGGCGAAAAUAGAGAGAAGACUCUGCAACUUGCAAGCUCCAGUGCAGGCAAGGACGAUAGAAAAACAACCGAGCAGACAACGAAAAGAGAUGUUGAUGAGAAGAAGCAGAUUGUCAGCGUGCUUAUGGGUCGUUUAUGGCCAACGGAUGCUGGACACUCCAUGAUGGACAAUAUGGGCCCGAUCUAUAGAGCAUUGCGUCAUUGGGGACUCCUUGACUUGCCGCACGAGGAGAUUUCGGCUUUCACGAAGAAUGUCGUUGGUGUUGACAGCAUCGCUGGAGGAGGUCCACGUGCUAAGCUUGAUGAUGGUGGCAGUGCUAGUGAGCAAAGCUCCAAGGAGAACAAGUCGAAUUUUGUAAUCGACCUGAACGUCGAGGACGUAAACAGCAACACGAAUUUUCUCCAGUCUAACGCGCUCGGAUGCAGCGCGCGAGAAGUUGAGAUUGUUCAACGGGCACUUGAUUUGCCGAACGCACCACCGACUCUCGAGAAAGAUAACUGCCCGAUAGUUGAAGACAAAGCCGAUCUUACGAAAAUAUCGUCGCACAUGCGCGCCAAAAUUUCAGACGAUUUCGAAUUUGUCCAGGUGCACGUGCCUGGAGCCCUCUUACCAGAUACUCAAACACGAAGAAAGGAGACUACAGAGCUGAUAGCUUCUACACCGCCAAGGAAAUUUCGAAAGUUUGAAGGCGUGUUUCCAGCCCGCGGAACCAUGCGUAAGCUUGCGGUCCAUCUCGUCCUGUCACCGAGCUUUGACGCGUACAGCCUCCGAGGCCGUGAUAGUCGCUACGCUGCAUGUGGUGACGAGUGCGAGUCUCGACUUCUACAAGCUUUCACAGAUGGCGACCGAUCUCGAAUCCUGAAACUUGAGAAGGAUCUUCCGCGUGGUAAAUGCUUCCGCAAAGUACUCCUCGGAUGGAACAGUAUGCAGUUUUUCAACGUUUUCGACUGGCUUACACGCAAUGGCAAUCCCGCGAAGCACGAGAUAUCGGUUGGUAACGCGGCAGAGUAUCUGCUUGGGCUGCGCAACUACAUUCUCGCAAAGCAUGGAUUGCGCGAUAACCCUACAUUCAUGGCGAUGCUGGAACGACAGAAGGUGUUUCGGGUGGGCGGACGACGAGUUGAUCGGAUUCGCCCGUCAGUGGCUUUGAUCGUCAAGCGCGUGAGCGGCGGAGCUGGAUACAACUGCUGCCAUUGGGGCGACGCGGAGCGUGUACGGGAUCACCUUCUGGCGGCGUUCGACAAUCAGAUCGACGUGCAAAUCCUCAGUUGGCAGGGUAUUUCCAUUUACCGUCAGAUCUGGAUUAUGGCCGAAACCGACAUAAGCAUCGCUUUUGCUGGUGCCGACGUCAUGAAUUUUCUUUUCUCGCCAUUGCAUACCGGGAUGAUAUCGCCUUACCGUCUCCGGAAUCACAAGUGGGAACGCAGCUACGAAAUCGACCGUUUGUGGGUCAACCUUCCCAACCGCUACCUCGUUCAAUUCGGGGUCAACGCUGUGCAGCGCAUGGGACUGGCUGGCCAUGGCGGAGUGGCUGCAGUCGCUAACAAUAAGACUGGCGCUGGGGCAGCACAGACCGGAAGUACAGUCACAGGGAACACAGACAGCACGAGCAGCUCCUUCUUGCCCACAAGCAAUCAGGCACUGGUCCUCGCACCCUGGAGGCAGGAGAAGCCACGCGGAAUUGUGCGACAAAAGCUGGUCGCGAAUCUGACGUGGAAUACCGUAAACACGGACAAGGCAGAUUGGCCUGCAGUAGUUUUUUCCGAACUUCUAAUCAAGGAGAUAGAACUCUAUGUCGCUGAAUGCCUAGAGUAUAUGAUCCAGCGGGGAGUAACUUUCUACAGUUUUCCCAGCAACGUGCUCUAGUUAC